AAACUCUCUUUGGUAGUCUGCAAUCACGUGAUAAUAAACAUUCAGCGUUUCGGUCAUGUGACUCACAGGUUAAUUGUUCAAAAUGGCAGAAGUCGACAAAGUUGUCGAUGAAAAAGAUAUAGCCAAACUUGAGAAGGAAGCUGUUAAUGGUGAUGACGAAUCUCAAAUAAAACUAGGCAAACAUUUUUUAACCUUGGCAGACUCUGAAAUUAAACGUGAGAUAAAUGGCGAACAAGCAGUAAAGUGGUUUAUACAGGCAUCUAGACAGGGAAAUGAUGAGGCUACACAACUAUUACAGAAAUGUCAAAAAACGAAAACUGGUAUAACAGAGUUUAACAAGGAGGAUGUGGAAUGGUGUGUCAAUACAAGUAACCUGGAGAAGAAAGUCAGACAAGCUGCUAGAAAACUCUACACUAAGAUGAAUGACACUCAUAAAGAAGUAUUGUCUAAAGAGGACUACAUCACAGCUGUAAAGAGAGUGACAGGAGGGGAUGUACUGGAACAGAAAUUACUCCUUGCAGCAGGAAAGAAGAUAGGUGAUUCUAUCAAUGAGACAGAGUUUGUCAAAAUCUUGUCCAAGAAAAUUCAAGGAAACCUUACAUUAACUUCAGAAGAAACAGAGGAACAUUCAUCUGAAUAUAAAAGUGCUGGCAUUGUUACAAAAGUGUACAGAUACCCUAAAGAAACUUUCCAAGCUAUAUUUGAACAAGGAUUUGAAACAGUAUCUAAAGAAGGAAUGAAUUGGGUGACGUCUUUGAUUCCAACAAAUCAGAUACAACUCUUAAUACUAUUUUAUUUGUAUAAUUUUAUAUCAACUCCAAUGAUCCUGUUGAUUGUACCUUUAUUAGUUUUCUAUUUAAGUGCUUUGGUGAUGAUUGUUGCUACGGUUCAGAUGUUUUACAAGAAGAAGAAGAUGAAGGAUGCUGCAGCUCUGGCUAAUGUACUCAAAACUUACGAUGUUGGAGUAGAUGUCAACGAAACUCGCUCUCAGUACUCGUGGAAUUCAUUAACACCAUAUUUGGUAUUCUUUGGAGCAUUACCAUUGACUGUUAUUAGUUUUUCUUUAGCUAACAAGAUGUAUAUUCCUUGCUCAGAGUUCUGUAUUCUUGCUGGUGCCUUUGCAGGACUUUGUUUUACAGCACUAAGUGACAGCCAUGAUAUGCUGAUGAUUCUAGCAGUGGUAUUCAACUUAAUUGCAUCUUUACCAACGUUUGUAAAUAGUCUACCACAGAUUCCGUUCAUUACAGCAGCUAUUAAAUUAGUACUGGGAGCAGGGUUCUCCAUUGAAGUAGGAGCAGGAUUCCAGAUUAAUUUGGGACUACCAACAGUCAGCUACCUGGUGGUUCCAGUGAUGUUUAUAUUGAUGGCAGCACGUGGAUCAUGGAAAGGCACCUAUCAAGUACUGGUUCCCCACCUGGUAUGUUACUUUUGGUGGCAGCUCAUGGUAGCAGUCUUCCCUUUUACUACAUGGAAAGGACUGAUACGUUCUGCUGUUGGCUAUUUCUUCUUACCUAUGCUAAUACCUUUGUCAGUUCUCUUGAUAAUUGUUGGAUUCUUUUAUGUUGUCUACAAACUCUUGAUGACAGCUGUGUUUGGAAAGUUAGUUGUAACUUUACUGUUGGGAGGAUUAGCAUUCCUAUUGUCUCAGACUAAAACCCUGUUUGGAAAGAAAACAGAUAAAAAGUUAGGAACAACAAAGAAAAUAGUAAUGGGAGUAUUUGCAGUGUUGGCUUUGCUACCGAUGAUCUUUGUACAGCUACCAACAUCUAAAAAACCAUCAAAGCAAGUCAUCGCUUGGGAGGAGUACAGGGGCAUUUGUGCUCUGAAUGAUGAUAAUUCUGUUCCAGAACAAUUAGCGUGCAGUUCUUUCAUUGGAUCCAGUAUAACGUGGACUGGUACCUUCAAGGAAGCUAGAAUAAGUAAAAUAGAAAAUAGUGUGGAACCAAUGUUGAAAGGAAUGCCAGGAUUUAUAGCCAAUUACCUCCGAUGUUCAUAUGGAGGAGAGUAUGGUGAUUGUAAUGACGAGACAAAAUCUGAUAAAGAAAAACAAAUAUGCUCCCUGAUGACCUCACUUGGACAUGAAUGUCAUCUUAAUAGACACAACAGCUAUUCUUUUUCACUCCAAAUUAAAAUGGAGGAGUUUGAGAAAGGAACUUUGAUCUUAAAUGCAGGUAACAAUUUUAAAGAGACACUGAGUGCAUUAGAAGUGAAAGACAGGGUAGAAUUUUCAGCAACAUUGGUUGAUGGAGCAGGGUCUCUUGCACCACAGUUUAAAUUGAAGAGUAUUAAAUGUCUUAAUAGAAACUUAGACGUUAUAGCAGUCAUGGUGGACAACGAUGAAGAUUUAAUAUUACAAUCAGCCAAUGAAGCUAUAGCAGUUGGUUUUAAUUUUUUCUGGUACCCAUUAGCAGAGUAUAUACCUGACAAAGGCUUUCUGGCAGAGAAAGAAGAGGAGGCAGCAACUGUAGAAUAAUGAUUAUUGUGGCAGUAAACUUACCAUAAAAUAGAUGUUUGGUUCUGAUUAAAAUGCUCAGUGAGUCUUAUCUCUAUACCUUUGUAUUUGGUUUGUGAGAAUAAAGAUAUAUGUAUGUCUUUUAAUUUAAGUCUAAGUAGGUUUAUUGUGUAAGUGAAUGCUUCAAAAAAUAUCAUAAUGUAAAGUUCUUUUUUGCUAAUUUUUUCAGUAAUGAUUAUUUAUUUAGCUAGAAAAAAACCCAACAACAUAAGACUUACUGUUUAUAUUAUAGAUACAAAUAAUUUGCUUGAAACAAAAAUAGAUUGAUUUUGCACAUCUAUUUAUAUAUAUAUAUAUAUGCAUAAUAGUUUUACUUAGGAUGUUUAGAACAUUUUUUUUAAAUUGACAAUUGUAAGCUAUGAAAAAUCUAUUGACAUUUGUUGAAUUAACUGAAUAAUUUGAAUUUAGAAUAAGUAAAGGAAAUUGUCUCUUUUUACCUCUUAUUGUCUCCCCUUCCGUUUGCCAAGCGCAUAGUUAUAAAUGACAAGUAACAUCCACACUAUCUAGAUUGAAGAUGUAAAAGGAACUGAUAAUAUUUACAUAUCUAAGAUACCUUAAAAUCCUUUUAAGGAAAACAACAUAUUUUUUUUACACAUUUAAAUGAGAAUUUCUCGUAACUAUGUGAAAGACUCAUCUUUAAUGUAUUUUACUUUUUUUUAUUAUGUGUUUUGAAAUGUCAUAAAGCAAUACAGAAACUUCACUUUUUUCCAACAGAAGACAAGAACAAUUUUAGUAGAUCUGUUGAUUAUGUACACACAUAUCUAUAUAAUAUUUGUCGACAAUUAUGUCAAACUACAAGAUAAUUGCAGGUUCCUCCAAAUAUUUGCUAAAAAUCUCCCUCUUUAACAAUUUUCUUGAGAAAGUGUAGUUAAAUUUUCGAAUUUUCUCAUGUUUAGAAACUUGUCAAAACAGUGAUUAUAACAUAUAGAGUUCACAUGAUCAUGAUGUUUAUGUAAUUUAUUAAGAAAUGGUAUUAUUCAUAGAUAGUAGAUCGAUAGAUUUGAUGAAAACUUUUUACUUAAAACAAGAAAUAAAAUAGAAAUAACAACUGAUAACCAGAGAAAAAUGUAUAUUCUUAAACUUAUAUUUUGCUAAAUAAUUUUCCACAUAUUGUGAUCUAUUGAUUUUGAAGUUUAAAAGUUAACACAUGUGAAAAUGAAAAUCAUUGUAUUGAAGUUAUAAAAAAGGGAAUAUUAUAUAUAUGUCAUGAGAAAUAAUGAACUGUUAUGAUAUAGAAACUUCUGAUUGAUUUAUUGUAUGUCAAGCUACUGUUUUUGUACUACAAUUUUGAAAUUUUAUUCACUACUACUUAACACAGUUGUAUUUAUUGUUGUACAUAAGUCUAGUACUAAGUAUCAUGCUUUUGUAUUCUUGUUAUAUUUAUAUUGUUAUUAUGAGAAGUAGUACUUCCUUUAUAGUUUAAUAGAUGCUUUAUUUAUAUCUGUCUGGUUGUUGGAUUGUUGAUAAAGAUUUAUAAUCAAAUAAUAUAUAUAUAUAUAGUUACUGUUUUGUUUAUAGUAAAAUUUAUUGUAUAUACUCAGCCAAGUCUUUCUACUUAAAUUGAAAUAACAUUUGUAAGAACUAUUUUUAUAUAAUAUUUUCCUAUUGACGAUGAGGAUUAGUUAUACAGUU